AUAAAUAUGAACCUGCAGCUGUUUCAGAGCAUGGCGACAAAAAGAAGGCCAAGAAAGAGAGGGAUAUGGAUGAAUUGAAGAAAGAAGUUUCUAUGGAUGACCAUAAACUUAGCCUUGACGAACUUCACCGCAAAUAUGGAACAGACCUGAGCCGAGGCUUAACAACCGCUCGAGCUGCUGAGAUCCUGGCCCGAGACGGCCCCAACGCCCUCACCCCACCGCCCACCACUCCCGAAUGGGUCAAGUUCUGUCGGCAACUGUUUGGGGGGUUCUCAAUGUUGCUGUGGAUUGGAGCGAUUCUUUGUUUCUUAGCUUACGGCAUCCAGGCCGCCACAGAAGAGGAACCUCAAAAUGAUAAUCUGUAUCUUGGCGUGGUCCUCUCCGCUGUCGUCAUCAUAACUGGGUGUUUCUCCUACUAUCAAGAGGCUAAAAGUUCAAAGAUCAUGGAAUCCUUCAAAAACAUGGUCCCUCAGCAAGCCCUUGUGAUUCGAAACGGUGAGAAAAUGAGCAUCAAUGCCGAGGAGGUUGUAGUCGGGGACCUGGUGGAGGUGAAAGGAGGAGACCGAAUCCCCGCCGAUCUCCGAAUCAUAUCUGCCAACGGCUGCAAGGUGGACAACUCCUCGCUCACUGGCGAAUCAGAGCCCCAGACCAGGUCUCCGGACUUCACAAACGAAAACCCCCUGGAGACGAGGAACAUCGCCUUCUUUUCAACCAACUGUGUGGAAGGCACCGCACGUGGCAUUGUCGUGUACACUGGGGAUCGCACGGUGAUGGGAAGAAUCGCGACACUCGCGUCCGGGCUGGAAGGCGGCCAGACCCCCAUCGCUGCCGAAAUUGAACAUUUUAUCCACAUCAUCACGGGUGUGGCUGUGUUCCUGGGUGUGUCCUUCUUCAUUCUUUCUCUGAUCCUUGAGUACACCUGGCUCGAGGCCGUCAUCUUUCUCAUCGGUAUCAUUGUAGCCAACGUGCCAGAGGGUUUGCUGGCCACUGUCACGGUAUGUCUGACCCUCACUGCCAAACGCAUGGCGAGGAAAAACUGCUUGGUGAAGAACUUAGAAGCUGUGGAGACCUUGGGGUCUACGUCCACCAUCUGCUCGGAUAAAACUGGAACUCUCACCCAGAACCGGAUGACAGUGGCCCACAUGUGGUUCGACAAUCAGAUCCACGAAGCCGACACGACAGAGAAUCAGAGCGGUGUGUCGUUCGACAAGAGUUCAGCCACCUGGCUCGCUCUGUCCAGGAUCGCGGGUCUUUGUAACAGGGCGGUGUUUCAGGCUAACCAGGAAAACCUGCCUAUCCUCAAGCGGGCAGUUGCAGGCGACGCCUCGGAGUCCGCGCUCUUGAAAUGCAUUGAGCUGUGCUGUGGCUCUGUGAAGGAGAUGAGAGACAGAUACACCAAAAUCGUGGAGAUACCCUUCAACUCCACCAACAAGUACCAGCUGUCCAUCCAUAAGAACCCCAACACGUCUGAGCCCCGGCACCUGCUGGUGAUGAAGGGCGCCCCGGAGAGGAUCCUGGACCGCUGUAGCUCCAUCCUCCUGCACGGCAAGGAGCAGCCCCUGGACGAGGAGCUGAAGGACGCCUUUCAGAACGCCUACCUGGAGCUAGGUGGCCUCGGAGAGCGUGUGCUAGGUUUCUGCCACCUUUAUCUGCCAGACGAACAGUUUCCUGAAGGCUUCCAGUUUGACACUGAUGAUGUGAAUUUCCCUGUGGAAAACCUCUGCUUCGUGGGGCUCAUCUCCAUGAUCGAUCCUCCUCGGGCUGCUGUUCCCGAUGCCGUGGGCAAAUGCCGAAGUGCUGGAAUUAAGGUUAUAAUGGUCACUGGAGACCACCCCAUCACUGCCAAAGCCAUUGCCAAGGGUGUGGGCAUCAUCUCAGAAGGCAACGAGACCGUGGAAGACAUUGCUGCCCGCCUCAACAUCCCAGUGAGCCAGGUGAACCCCAGAGAUGCCAAGGCCUGCGUGGUCCACGGAAGCGACCUGAAGGACAUGACCUCCGAGCAGCUGGAUGACAUUCUGAAGUACCACACGGAGAUCGUGUUUGCCAGGACCUCUCCUCAGCAGAAGCUUAUCAUCGUGGAAGGCUGCCAGAGACAGGUUCCUGCCAUCUCCCUGGCUUACGAGCAAGCUGAGAGCGACAUCAUGAAGAGACAGCCCAGAAACCCCAAGACGGACAAGCUUGUGAACGAGCGGCUGAUCAGCAUGGCCUACGGGCAGAUCGGGAUGAUCCAGGCGCUGGGAGGCUUCUUCACUUACUUCGUGAUCCUGGCUGAGAACGGCUUCCUCCCGACCCACCUGCUGGGGCUCCGCGUGGACUGGGAUGACCGCUGGAUCAACGACGUAGAGGACAGCUACGGGCAGCAGUGGACGUACGAACAGAGGAAGAUCGUGGAGUUCACUUGCCACACGGCCUUCUUCGUCAGCAUCGUGGUGGUGCAGUGGGCUGACCUGGUCAUCUGUAAGACCCGGAGGAACUCCGUCUUCCAGCAGGGGAUGAAGAACAAGAUCUUAAUAUUCGGCCUCUUUGAAGAGACGGCCCUUGCUGCCUUCCUUUCCUACUGCCCUGGAAUGGGCGUGGCCCUGAGGAUGUACCCCCUCAAACCUACCUGGUGGUUCUGUGCCUUCCCCUACUCUCUUCUCAUCUUCGUGUACGACGAAGUCCGAAAACUCAUCAUCAGGCGACGCCCUGGCGGCUGGGUAGAGAAGGAAACCUACUACUAGGCCCCCCCGUGUCCUGCACGCCGUGGAGCAUCCUACCACGCACCUGCACCCACCCCCCACGCCCUCUUUGUGUACUUCAGUCUUGGAAUUCGGAACUCUACCCUGGUAGGAAAGCACCGAAGCAUGUGGGGGAAGCGAGACGUCCCGGAAUGAAGCAUGUAGCUAUACGGGGGGGGGGAGGGGGGAGGGCUGCCUGACAAACACCGUCUAUGGGAAUGACAGCGGGGAAGGUUUUUAUGUGCCUUUUUGUUUUUGUAAAAAGGAAAACUUGGAA